CAAAUUAUGCAAUUCUUACCCUUCGCUUGAAGGACACGCUACAUUCUAUGGUCCUAGCCUGCAGGCAUGGGAAAAGUCCUUAAGAACACCCACUGAAAACCCCCACUCGCCCAGACUGAAAGGCCUUUUUAAGUCUAUUACAUCUUCCAUGCACCUAAUAACGUAACAAAACCGGUCUCGCGCACCUUCUGACGAUUGUCUUCGAAAGUCGCGUCAUCGCUCCCGAUCAAGCCCACGAAAACACUUAAAACCACAACAACAUCUCGGCAAUCAAAUUCACAGCGGCUGGCCUCAAGAUGGCUAUAGCGAUGCAUCGUUUCAACGCCCGGUUGCUACUAAAUCUGUUCAUCGUGAUUGCCGUUUUCACAGCGCCGGGGACAGCCGACGAGAAGUGUUCGGCGUGCGGUCAAAACGCCCCACCGCCACCAUCACCGCCGCCACCAUCACCGUGCCCGCCACCACCAGCUCUGCCGCCACCGUCGCCGCCGCCGCCUUCUCCCAAGAAACCGCCGUCGACCCAGUACUGCCCUCCCCCGCCAUCAUCAUUCAUAUACAUAACGGGCCCACCGGGGAACUUGUAUCCUAUAGACCAGGAUUUCAGUGGUGCCACCCAGAAUCCGAUGAUUAGGUUGCCUGUCUUGGUCGCCGGUGGAUUGUUGGGUCUUCUGGCUUUGUGGUAAGAUUCAGAAUCAAAGGAUUAGUAUGCAAUAAGAUAAAGCUUUUAUGGACAGGAGAAUUUUGUACUCGUUUAUAAGUAUAUUAAUUAGUACCUCGAUCAUCCCUCGGUACAUGUUCUAGCUAUCCAAAUUGUUCGUAAAUCUUCAAUAACAAUUGUGUAAGAAUUUAUGCUCAUUUUCCUUAAUGAUUUGCUCUUUAACUUUUCUCA